ACAGGCUGUGAUUGGUCUCACCCCAAGAUGACAUCCCCCAAAAACAAAGCCAAGAAGAAACCACCUAAAGACAGCAUUACAUUGCUACCAUGUUUUUAUUUUGUGGAGCUCCCCAUUGUCCUGUCCUCCCUGGUGUCCCUGUACUUCUUGGAGUUGACAGAUGUCUUGUCCCCGGCGAUGGUGGGCUUCCGUUGCCAUGACCGCGACCUCUCCAUGCCCUACGUGGAGACGGGUGAUGAGCUCAUCCCCCUUUUGAUGCUGCUGAGUUUGGCCUUCGCUGGACCAGCAGCUUCUAUUAUGUUGGGGGAGGGCCUGAUGUACUGUAUGCAGUCCAAAAUGAAGACUUGUCCCAAGUCGGAGGGCAGCAUCAAUGCUGGAGGAUGCAGCUUUAAUUCCUUCCUGCGUAGAACUGUGCGCUUUGUGGGUGUUCACGUAUUCGGUCUCCUGGCAACAGCCCUGGUGACAGAUGUCAUCCAGUUAGCCACUGGCUACCACGCCCCUUUCUUCCUCACCGUAUGCCAGCCCAAUUACACGGCCCCAGGAGUGUCAUGUGACAACAACGCCUACAUUACUCUGGACAUCUGCAUGGGAAAGGAUCAAUAUGCUAUUAUGUCAGCCAGGAAAACAUUUCCAUCCCAGCAUGCGACGUUGUCUGGUUUUGCUGCAGUAUACAUCUCCAUGUACUUCAACGCCAGCAUCAACAGCACCACUAAGCUGCUGAAGCCGCUGCUGGUCUUUGCUUUCUGCAUGGCGGCGGGCCUCGCCGGCCUGACACAGAUAACGCAGUACCGCAGUCACCCCAUAGACGUCUACGUGGGCUAUCUAAUUGGAGCUGGAAUCGGAGUCUACCUGGCUGUGUACGCUGUGGGAAACUUCAAAGCGUCAGAGGAAGAUGCGCCCUCUUUACGGCGGCUAACCUCGGUCCAGCAGAAAGACGGCCUGAGGGUGUUGAGCCAGCGGAGUCACGACUCCCUGUACAGAAAAACCCCCAGGGUGUCUGAGAGCAGGGAGGAGCUGGGCGCCGGGCUGGGGUCGGGAGCCCGCAGUAAGGUGAGGAGGGAGAAGGCCUCCCUGGCCUCGCUCAAACGAGCGAGCGCUGAUGUGGAGCUCCUGGCAACCCGCGGCCCGAUGGGGAAGGAGACCAUGGUAACAUUCAGCAACACCUUGCCCAGAGUUGCAAACGGGAGCAGCCCCAUCUCCCCCUCGGAGGAGCCGGUCGUUACGCAGCGUCACAUGACUUUCCACGUGCCCUUUGACCCCCAGAGGUCUCGGCAGCUGGUGUCCGAGUGGAAGCAGCGCUCUUUGGAGCUCCGCAGCCAGAGCUCACGAGACGAGGACGAGGCGGCGGAAGAGAGAGACAAAGGAGGCGACCGGGGAGAAUCGGAAAGCCAAGGGAUGCCCCCCUCUCUUUAUCCGAUGGUGCAGGCCAGCAGCAGCACCAGCGCGGCGGCCGCAGCCAGGAUGGUGGUGGCACCGCCACUCGUUCACAUCCCCGAGGAGGCCACGCGACCGCCCCCCGUCUCCCCAAAAAGCGCCAAGACCCGCGCCAAGUGGCUGUCCCUCACCGAGGGAGGAGGGGUGAAAGAGCCCAGCCCGGGGCCUAUUGCGGUGUCCACCCCCCGAGUGCCCAACACGCAGCCCGGCCAGCCCCCCAGCCAGCAGAGGGUCACUCAGGUCAUAGCCAUGUCAAAGCAGGGUCACGGACCGCUGUCUGGAUCUGCCAAGUCCUCAGAGGGUGGCUCCUCCUCUGGCGGCGGCUCAAACUGCUCCGAGUCUCCCUACUACCGCAUCCCGUCGGAUCGGGACAGCUGCACCGGAAGCAACCCGGGGAGCAUGGGCGGCAGCGGGAGCAUCGUCACCAUCGACGCCCACGCCCCCCACCACCCGGUGGUGCGCGUGUCGGCCGGCAACGGCAAGCCGUGGGAGUGGAGGAACACCAUCAGCGGGAACGUGGUGGCGGGCGAGGCGGCGGGCGACAAGCACCGCGCGGCCCUGCAGCGGCAGGACAACCUCAGCCACUACCGCGACUACCGGACCCUCCCCGGCAAGACCGACUCGCUCUGCUCCUCCACCGCCAGCGGGAGCGCCGAGGGGGGCGAGCUGCCCCCCCCGCCGCCGCCCUCCGCCCCCUCCCCCAUGCCACCUCCGCCUCAUUUGUCCUCCUCCCCUCUCCCGCCGCCACCGCCUCAGUCGGCUUCCUCGCCCUUGCCUCCCUUUCCACAUCCGGGCGCCUCUCCCAUGCCUCCGCCUCCCCCUCCGCACUCGAGCUCCUCUCCCAUGCCUCCGCCACCCCCCCACUCGUCCUCCUCCCCGUUGCCACCACCUCCUCACCCCUCGUCUUCCCCGUUGCCACCACCUCUUCAUCCCUCGUCCUCCCCAUUGCCACCACCUCCUCACCCCUCGUCUUCCCCAUUGCCACCACCUCCUCACCCAUCGUCCUCCCCGUUGCCUCCCCCUCCUCACCCAUCCUCCUCCCCACUGCCACCACCUCCUCACCCCUCGUCCUCCCAAUUGCCACCACCUCCUCACCCCUCGUCCUCCCAAUUGCCACCACCUCCUCACCCUUCUUCGUCCCAAAUGCCCCCACCUCCUCACUUGUCUUCUUCCCCACUGCCCCCUCCUCCUCACCCCUCCUGUUCCAUGCUCCCGCCGCCUCACCCGUCCUGCUCCAGCAUGCUCCCCCCCCCACCCCACCCCGACCUGCUGAUAGACAGCCACAGCCAGGCUCUGUCCCGCUCCUCCACCCUGCCUCGCCGGCCCUCGGGGUCGGCCCGCAGCCACGCGGAGCAGGAGCACUACUACAAGACCAUGCAGAACGAGAGGAUGUUAUAG